AUGGAGCCCCACAGCUGCAUUCAGGAUGAGCCGUUCCCGCACCCCCUGGAGCCCGAGCCCGGCGCCCCGGCGCAGCCCGGCCCGGGGAAGCCGAGCGACAAAAGGUUCCGGCUGUGGUACGUGGGGGGGUCGUGCCUGGACCGCAGGACCACGCUCCCCAUGCUGCCCUGGCUCAUGGCCGAGAUCCGCCGGCGCAGCCAGAAGCCCGAGGCGGGCGGCUGCGGGGCGCCGGCGGCCCGCGAGGUGCUUCUGGUGCUCAGCGCGCCCUUCCUGCGCUGCGUCCCCGCGCCGGGCCCCGGGGCCACGGGGGGCUCCGGCCCGACGGCCGCGCAGCCCAACCCGGCCGUGUUCAUCUUCGAGCACAAGGCGCAACACAUCUCGCGCUUCAUCCACAACAGCCAGGACCUCACCUACUUUGCUUACCUGAUCAAGGCGCAGCCCGACGACCCGGAGUCGCAGAUGGCCUGCCACGUUUUCCGUGCAGCAGACCCCAAUCAGGUUCCCGAUGUUAUCAGCAGCAUAAGGCAGUUAUCGAAAGCUGCCAUGAAAGAGGAUGCCAAACCCAGCAAAGACAACGAGGACGCCUUUUACAACUCUCAGAAGUUCGAGGUUCUGUACUGUGGCAGGGUGACCGUGACCCACAAGAAGGCGCCGUCCAGCCUCAUCGACGACUGCAUCGAGAAGUUCAGCCUGCACGAGCAGCAGCGCCUGCGGCUCCAGGGCGAGCCGCGCGCGGGGGACUCGGGCGAGGACCAGGCGGGAUCCGAGGCCCGGACGCCGGCCUCCCCCGCGGACGUUCUGUUGGAGGAAGGGGCUGGCGUCGCGGACAUCCACCCCGUCUUCCCUGCCGCGCCCAGCCAGCCUGGGCCAUCCAGCUCGCGAGUCUGCUUCCCCGAGAGGAUUUUGGAAGAUUCGGGCUUCGAUGAACAGCAGGAGUUCCGGUCUCGGUGCAGCAGCGUCACGGGGGUCCUGCAAAGGAAAGUUCACGAGAACAGCCAGAAGCCGCAGCCGCGGAGGAGGCACGCCAGCGCGCCCAGCCACGUGCAGCCCUCGGACUCGGAGAAGAACAGAACCAUGCUGUUUCAGGUUGGACGGUUUGAGAUUAACCUUAUCAGUCCAGACACUAAAUCAGUUGUGCUUGAGAAGAAUUUUAAAGACAUCUCUUCUUGUUCCCAGGGUAUAAAGCAUGUUGAUCACUUUGGCUUUAUUUGUCGGGAGUCUGCGGAGCCUGGACUGAGCCAGUAUAUUUGCUACGUGUUCCAAUGUGCCAGUGAAUCUCUGGUUGAUGAGGUAAUGCUGACUCUGAAGCAGGCUUUCAGCACGGCUGCUGCCCUGCAGAGUGCCAAGACCCAGAUUAAGCUGUGUGAGGCCUGUCCCAUGCACUCUUUGCAUAAGCUCUGUGAAAGGAUCGAAGGUCUCUACCCACCAAGAGCCAAGCUGGUAAUACAGAGGCAUCUCUCAUCCCUGACAGAUAACGAGCAAGCUGACAUCUUUGAACGUGUUCAGAAAAUGAAGGCAGUCAAUGACCAGGAGGAGAAUGAACUUGUGAUUUUACACCUGAGGCAGCUAUGUGAAGCCAAGCAGAAGACACACGUUCAUAUUGGGGAAGGCCCAUCGACUAUUUCAAAUAGUACAAUCCCGGAAAAUGCGACAAGCAGUGGAAGGUUCAAACUUGACAUUCUGAAAAAUAAAGCUAAGAGAUCCUUAACUAGCUCCCUGGAAAAUAUCUUCUCAAGGGGAGCUAACAGAAUGAGAGGUCGGCUUGGAAGUGUGGACAGCUUUGAACGAUCCAACAGUGUUGCUUCAGAGAAGGACUACUCGCCAGGAGACUCUCCGCCAGGGACCCCGCCAGCCUCCCCGCUGUCCUCAGCUUGGCAGACCUUCCCUGAGGAGGAUUCCGACUCCCCGCAGUUUCGAAGACGGGCCCACACAUUCAGCCACCCACCUUCAAGCACGAAGAGGAAGCUGAAUUUGCAGGAUGGGAAGGCCCAUGGGGUUCGCUCCCCUCUUCUGAGGCAGAGCUCCAGCGAACAGUGCAGCAUCCUUCCACCAGCUCGGCGCAUGCACAAGGAGUGUAUUUCUUCCUCCAGUCUUCCAAGUCUUCACACUUCCUUCUCUGCCCCUUCCUUCACUGCCCCCUCUUUCCUGAAAAGCUUUUACCAGAAUUCAGGUAGACUGUCCCCACAGUAUGAGAAUGAAAUCAGCGAUGGAGAGGGGAGAAAAAGGACCUCGUCCACCUGUAGCAAUGAGUCCCUAAACACCGGAGGAACCCCUGUGACUCCUCGCCGAGUUUCCUGGCGGCAGCGCAUCUUCCUCAGGGUUGCCUCGCCCAUGAGCAAAUCUGCCUCCGCGAUGCAGCAGGAUGGCCUGGACAGGAGUGAGCUGCUGCCUCUGUCCCCUCUUGCUCCGACCAUGGAGGAGGAGCCGCUGAUGAUAUUCAUGUCUGAUGAGGAGGACCCAGAAAAGGGUGACGAGAGAAACAAGUCAGAGGAACUGAGGUGUUUGUGGAGAAAAGCUAUACACCAGCAGAUCCUGUUGCUUCGAAUGGAAAAAGAAAACCAGAAACUUGAAGCAAGCAGAGAUGAACUGCAGUCCAGAAAAGUUAAACUGGAUUAUGAAGAAGUUGGUGCGUGUCAGAAGGAGGUCAUAACAAUCUGGGAUAAGAAGUUGUUAAAUUGCAGAGCUAAAAUCAGAUGCGAUAUGGAAGAUAUUCAUACUUCUCUUAAAGAAGGUGUUCCCAAAAGUCGACGGGGAGAAAUCUGGCAGUUCCUAGCUUUGCAAUAUCGUCUGAGACACAGAUUGCCUAAUAAACAACAACCUCCCGACAUAUCCUAUAAAGAGCUUUUAAAACAGCUCACGGCUCAGCAGCAUGCUAUCCUCGUGGAUUUAGGGAGAACAUUUCCUACUCAUCCUUACUUUUCAGCACAGCUUGGGGCAGGGCAGCUGUCACUCUUUAAUCUCUUGAAAGCCUACUCAUUACUGGACAAAGAAGUGGGUUACUGUCAGGGGAUCAGCUUUGUGGCUGGAGUCUUGCUUUUGCACAUGAGUGAAGAGCAAGCCUUUGAGAUGUUGAAAUUCCUCAUGUAUGACCUGGGCUUCCGCAAGCAGUACCGACCUGACAUGAUGUCGCUGCAGAUUCAAAUGUACCAGCUGUCCAGGCUCCUUCAUGAUUAUCACAGAGAUCUCUACAAUCAUCUUGAAGAAAAUGAAAUCAGCCCCAGUCUUUAUGCUGCCCCCUGGUUCCUCACAUUGUUUGCCUCUCAAUUUCCAUUAGGAUUUGUAGCCAGAGUGUUUGAUAUUAUUUUUCUUCAGGGAACUGAAGUUAUAUUUAAGGUUGCCCUAAGCCUGCUGAGCAACCAAGAGACACUCAUAAUGGAAUGUGAAAACUUUGAAAAUAUUGUUGAAUUCCUUAAAGUCACACUCCCCGAUAUGAAUUCAUCUGAAAUGGAAAAAAUAAUCACCCAGGUUUUUGAGAUGGAUAUUUCUAAACAGUUACAUGCCUAUGAGGUGGAGUAUCACGUGCUGCAGGAUGAACUCCAAGAAUCUUCCUAUGCCUGUGAGGAGAGCGAACCCAUGGAGAAGCUAGAGAGGGCCAACAGCCAACUGAAAAGACAAAACAUGGACCUUCUGGAAAAAUUACAGAUAGCUCAUGCUAAAAUUCAGACCUUGGAGUCCAACCUGGAAAAUCUGUUAACUAGAGAAACCAAAAUGAAGUCUUUGAUCCGGACCCUGGAACAGGAGAAGACAGCUUAUCAGAAGGCAGUGGAACAGAUCCGGAAGCUGCUGCCUGCAGAUAUUCUAGCUAACUGCGAACCACUGCUGAGAGACUUAAACUGCAACCCUAACAACAAAGCCAAGACAGGAAACAAGCCAUAA